GCAGCAGCAGCCAUGGCUUCGUCGCCGCCGCCGCCCCCCCUCUUCCAGUUCCGCCCCCGGCACGAGAGCCCGGACUGGCGGCGCCUGAGCGCGGUGGACGCGGAGCGGGUGGCGGCCGAGCUGGACGUGGCGGCGCUGCAGGAGCACCUGGAGCACGUCACCUUCUGCAGCGCCGAGCGGGAGCGCUGCCCGCGCUGCCAGGCCCCCGCCGACCCGCUCCUCCUCCGGCUCUUCCGCCUGGCGCAGCUCUGCCUCGAGUACCUCCUCCACUCGCAGGACCACCUCGCCGCCCAGCUGCGCGCCCUCCGCGAGCUCCUCCGCGCCGCCGACGACCACCGCGCCCAGCUGGCCAAGGAGCUGGCCGCCAAGGACCACCUCGCCCGCACCCUCCGCGACGAGUGCAAGCGCCGCCGGAGGAUGAUCAGCACCCAGCAGAUGAUGCUCCAGGCCGGGGCCGCCUGCCACCAGUGUCAAUUCUGUGAAAAAAGUUUUAUGAACUAUUCCUUCCUGCACAAUCAUUUGCAGCGUCGUCACGCCGAAGAAUCACACAGUGAUAAGAAACAGAAAGCGCAGACAGAUAAACUGCAGGAGGAGAUUGAGAAGCUGAAGGAUCAGUUACAGCUCACCAGGUCUCAGUUAGAGGCUGAGCAACAAGCUCACAUGGUCAAAUUAGCUAAGGAACAUGAGGAGCACAGGUCAAAAGAGGAAGAUUUUCGGCACUUAUUUUACAAAUGGAAAGAAGAGGAAAAAGAAAAACUGGCCACUGAGUUAGAGAAAGUGAAAGAGAUGUUUAUGAAGGAGUUUAAAGAGCUAACAUCAAAGAAUACAGAAUUAGAAAAUCAUCUGGUAGAAUUACAGAAGUCCAACAAACACUUGAAAUCUAAUUUAGGCACAUUAAAAGACAGCUAUGAAUUUCCAGAAGAGAAACCUCGGAAUGCUGCAGAAGACCAGAGUGUAAUUCAGCUUCUUGAAAGACAGGAAACUAAAUGGGCUUCUAAAGUAGAAACGCUUCAAGAAGAACAUGAAAAUGAAAAACACCAGCUUCUGUCCCAAAUUGAGCAGCUCAAGGCAUCAAUGACUGAAGACCUAAAUGCAAGCAACGCCUUCUAUAAGAAGAGGAUAGAAGAACUGGGGCAGAGGCUUCAAGAACAGAAUGAUCUUAUUAUUACACAGAAACACCAGAUACAAAAAUUGAUUACCAAGUCAGUAGAAAGCAUCAAGCUGUCUGAUGCAAAAGCUGCAGGACAGAAUAUUGUCCCACCUAAAUCAAGUCUGCCGUCUGUGCAUGAACAGGCCCUUUUGGUGCACAUGCUGGAGCCCAUAGAGGAGCUUCCAGAGGAUGAAAAAGAAACUGAGAAAAGUGAGACCAAAGUAGGGAAGAAUAAACACCAUAUAAUAAACACUUUGAAGAAUAACCCUUCUUUAACAAAAGAGUUGAGAGCAGUAUUGGAACAGACUCUAACGGAGAAGUUGGCAUCCUUGGGAAUUAAAUCAGGAGUUCGCGGUAUCCCUAGUGAUCAUCUGACCAGAGUCUUAAUGUCUGUCGAAUCUGCUCGCGAAGAGAGAAAGAGAGAAGUCCCCGACAUUCAGCACAUCCGAGAGCAGCUGGAACGGCAAAUCAACUCCAGGGUGGCAGAAAGAGCAUCUUUCAGUCGGCCUUUUUCCAGCCCUCAUCUGUCUUCGGAAGUGAGGCAGGAGGCCUAUCGUAUAGGAGGUUCAUUAUCUACAGUGUUACCCAAACCAGCGAAACGCUCCUUUGCCAAGCGCCCGACUGGACGAAGAACAAUUGCUACUGAAAACACAUCUACACCAAAAGCCAAGAAGAGUGUUUUGGGGGAUAACGUUCCCAGAAAGUCCCUGAGUUUUACAACCUCACCGUUCAGCUCAGAGGAUGAAGUGGAGGACGACGACAUCAUGCAGUCCUACAUCUCACCCGAAUUAUCGCAGCCCAGAGCGUCUGUGAGCGUUGGCAGGAGCGCCUUGGCGAGACAGGAAAGCCAGAGUGACGGGAACUCGCUGGAAGAAGACGAGGUGGAAGAAAUCAGGGGACAUCUGAAAGCUCUGCAAGGCGUGCCCAUUCAGAAGGGGAACGAACAAGUGGGGAAGACUUCUCUGUGCCAAGGAAAAGAAAGCCAGUCUUCCGGAGGAAUUAACGUUGCCCCAACAUUUGUUCAGAAGAGCACUCAGGAAAUAAAGUUAACAGGAGUCGUGGAAGAGGAUGAGGAUGACUGGGAUUUGUCAUCUCUGGCAGAGGAAAACUGUUUGCCAGCCAAAGAUGAGAAAGUCAAAAAUGCACCUGCCACUAAAAAGGAUAAUACAAAUGCUAUAUCUGUGGUCCGCCCUGUGGGGAAACUUACCAAGGAAGAAGGUCUUCAAGAUGCAGAUACAACAAGCACAUUGAAAAGCAGCUUAGUCACUGUCACGGACUGGAGUGAUUCUUCAGAUAUCUGA